AUGAGCUAUAGCAAGCAAGGGUCGCAGAAGGUCCUUCCCGAUUUAAGGAACAACAUGACAGUCAAGUACCGUUUUUCUCCGGUCCCCAAAGAAGAGAAGAGUGAUGGCAAUGUUCAUCAAAUUGAGAUGGAAUCUAGAAAAAGAGAAAGUGAGAAAACCAACCCCCACAAUCAAUGUCCACCUAAGAAAUAUCGAAAAGAUCAGCCUACUUCCUCAAAUAAGACAAUUAGCAUCACCAUAGAUGGAAAUCUUGAGACCACUCUCAAUGCUGUCAAAGAAGAGAUAGAAAAUCAGCAAGGCAAAGAAAUGCGGGGGUGUGGCAAGGAAGGAAUCAAAGGGUACAUAAACCUUGGCGUACCAGAAGUCAGCCACAUGGUCAUUACACUCUCUAACACUGAAAGUGAGCAGAGAGAAGAUAAGCAAGUGUUUGGUUCGCAGCACCAGGUGUGUACAGACUCCAUCAAAUUUUACAUUCAUGCAGCUGGGAAGAGAAACGAAAGGAUUUUCAAGUGUAGAGAACCUCACCAAGAGGGGGAAAAACUCUGUGUCUAUGGCCUCAAGGGAGAGUCCAUCAAGGACACUCUGAGGAAGGAUGGCAGGUUUAAUUCCUUUGUAGAGAGUGACCAUUGGAAGCUCAUUAGUGACCUGGACACCAUUAUAGAAAACACUCAGCCAAUUGAUGAGUUGGAAGGCAAGCUCUUUCAGGUUGAGGUUGAGAGAAAAAAAUGUCCCCAGGCAGCAGAUUCCACUGAUUUGGAGAAGCCAUCUUACUAUGAGUUAAAAGAAUACAUUGUGAACAUGUACCCCACUUUAAAGAGAGAAAGUGAAAAAAUCAGAGCACACAUCAAGGAAGAAAGUGAAAUACAAAGUGAGAAAGCUUCCUCUUUUGAAAUGCACAAAGCCAACUUUGAGAAAUUGACAAAAAACUCCACCCCAACUAAAGUGCUCAAACUUCUCUCCCAGUUCAGUGAUUCGGUUGGGCUCGUAGUUUGGAACAACAAUGGAAAUGAGGGCUAUGCCACUUGCUUCGUUUUUAAAGGAUUGUAUGUUCUUACUUGUAUGCAUGUGAUAAAUGGCAUCGUGGGGAAAGACACAGAGCAAAGUAAGUGGGCAGAAAAAAUUAGUCAAUGUGCAAAAGUCGUUUUUGAUUAUGAAGAGUUCCAGGCAAAUGAAGAGAACUGCUUUUCCAUUGAGUCUUGGUUCAUGAUCUAUGAUGACACACUUGACUAUGCUCUCUUAAAACUGGAGGAAAAUGAACAACCAGAACCUGCAGGGCUGUUUAAUGGAAUAGCUCCUGUACCGUCGAGUGGAUUAAUUUAUGUUAUUGGUCAUCCUGAUAUAAAACAGAAGCAUAGUGAUGGCUGUGCUGUGGUUUCUCAAGAUGAGCUCAUUCAGAAAAGAAAAGCAGUGGAUGACAGUAAUCCUACACAGUAUAUCUAUAUGUACACCCAAAGAAGUUUCCAAGAAAAAGUCCAUGAACCUGGUGUGUCUACCUGGAAUAACGUUUUUUAUUGUGGGUCUUCGGGAUCUCCUAUAUUUGAUUCUAAAGGAUCACUGAUAGCCAUGCACACUGCUGGCUUCAUUUGUGAGUAUGAAAGUGGGGUUUCCAGUAUCAUAGAGUUUGGCUGUGCUAUAAAAUCCAUCCUCACCCAUAUUAAGACAAAUCAUACCACGUGGUAUGAAAAGGAAUGUGUAAAUCAACAAGAUGUAGAAAUGAAUAGUCUAGAGUGUUGA